UUUGGCCGGGUGGAUACGCGCAGGCAAAGCCAAGGAGCUUUAUCUCCCCUCUCUGUUGGGAUUAUUGCCAGCAAUGGACAGGGAGAGAGAACCGGAGCAGCGGCUGGUGUAUUUUGGUGGCCACUGUUGUAAUCUCGUGGAGCCUCGCGCUGCAGGGACACUACAUUUUUAAAAAUGCCGUAUUAAGAUAACUUUGAUAGUACAUGAAAAGUUACCCACGUGUCAUAGACGCCUUGACGUGUUGGAGUCUAAUAAGAAGUGCAAAUAUGACGACCGAGAUUCCCCAGCAACAUCUGGAUCUUUCCAAUCCUAUCAUGCGCUCCGGCCAGACUGCGAGCGCAGCUCUGCUCAGCGCGCAGCCAGUGGUGGAGAGCAGCAGCAACCCAGCCAAGGGGAAAAGGGGGAAUUCAGGUUUGAGGCGGCCAGAAAAGCCUCCCUACUCCUAUAUAGCUUUGAUUGUGAUGGCAAUACAAAGCUCGCCAUCCAAAAGGCUCACUCUAAGCGAAAUAUAUCAGUACCUUCAGGCGCGAUUCCCUUUCUUCAGAGGAACAUACCAAGGAUGGAAAAAUUCCGUUAGACACAACCUGUCUUUGAACGAGUGUUUUAUAAAGCUGCCCAAGGGGCUGGGUAGACCCGGGAAGGGCCAUUACUGGACAAUCGACCCAGGUAGUGAGUUUAUGUUCGAAGAGGGCUCCUUUCGUCGCAGACCACGGGGAUUUCGUAGGAAAUGCCAAGCUCUGAAGCCAAUGUACAGGAUGGUGAAUGGCAUCGGGUUCGGUGCGUCCAUGCUGCCGCAGAACUUCGAUUUCCAAUCUCCACCAGGCCCGUUAGCAUGCCAUAACAGCUACAACUUAGACUUGAUGGGCAACUCGGUUCCAGGUGGGUUUGAGGGACUCGGAGGAGGGUACCACGUCCCACAUAUGCCAUCAAGCUCCGGGACAUCUUAUAUGGCUGCAUGUCAGUCGGCCUCUAACGCAGACUACUGCCCGGACAGCAGCAGCAGCCCCCUGCAGUCUCCCCCGGCGAUGGACUGUCAGUCUGCGUAUGCAAAUGCUGCUUCGCACUGGAGCGCACCUGGAGUGUCCUCAUACAUCAAACCGCAGUCUCUGGUAUCAAGCAGUCCCAACUCCUCUGCUGUGUCCAAUUACUCUAUGGAUCAGGGUUAUCUGCACCAUAAUGCACGAGAGUCUUCUGACAUUUCAGUGGGAUUGUCUCGAUAUUCCGGACACUCAGCUGCUUCUGUGCGUGACAGGAAGGAAUUUGUUUUGAACUUUAACGGAAUCUCUUCCCUCCAUCCCAGCACCGGAAGAUCUUACUAUCCCCAACCUCAUCACCACCACCAAAGCGUCUACCAGGACGUGAAGCCAUGUGUAAUGUGACAAGAAGAGGCAAACAGUUUCUAUCUGAACUGAAUCCGGGCGAAGAUGAAGUUUUACAAAAUAUUUUCCUCAUGAAGCACCGACUAAGUUUGACAUUUAAAAAAAUAUACAGUUUCUUCAAAUAGUGGUUAUGAUGUGGAAACUUAUGACACUUCAUAUUCUCCUUACAAGUCUGACUUUAUUAAUAAACUACAGGCUGUCUGAAAUGUAUGCAUACCUGAAUAAUUCAUGCACUUACGUUUUGCAAUUGUUGCUGAGUUUGUGCAACAACUGUUGUUUUGAAGGAUAAUUUUGUAUGUGUUAUGCAGGGAAUACAUGUUGUGUUCCAAAAAUUGAAUAUAUAGGUAUUUUCUCUGAAAGAGCACAUAGUACUCUUUGUUUCUUUUUUCUCUAUUUUUAUGCGCUGCAACAAAACCAAAACCUGUUAUCCUGUAUCAAAUCACAUAGUUUUAUAAAAUCACUCUUUAUAUAUGUAAGAGAUUUCCAAACUGUACAACCUGUAGAUGAUUUUUAUCACUCCCUCUGUUUCCCUUUAUUCAAAGGUCUUAGAAGUGUUGGAUUUGAAAAGUUAAUUGUCUGAUUUGAGACAAUAAGAAGCAUAAAAAUAUGUGACAAAAAACAUGUAAAUGCUUUUUUUGAAAUGUCAAAUUAACGUAUUAAACUGACACUGUCACCUCAGUGGGCAUACGUCAUGGAAUAUCACUGUGAGCACUUACAUCUAAUUCUCUCUCCGCAAAGCUGACUUUAGUCCAGUUUAUCGAUAUGGAGUAUAUAUAUAUAUAUAUAUAUAUAUAUAUAUAUAUAUAUAUAUAUAUAUAUAUAUAUAUAUAUAUAUA